CCCAGAGAAAAGAAGAAAAAAGGAAAAGAACUCGAAAACCUUCAAAUAAUUGAACUAUAUAAUCACCAAUCCUCUGCUGCGAAUCAAUGGAUGGAUUUCCGUGGCUGAAGCUUGACUGUUCCUGAUUGUGUUCGUUUUCUCGGUUUUAGGGUUCGUUUUGGGGGGUUUCUCGAGUUAUACAACUCGAAGAAGCGGAAGAAAAAUCGCCCGUUGAAGGAGAACAUAUCAAUCCUUCCAUUAGAUUUUGUGGUGUCCCAUUCGCAACGGGGAUUUUCAGUCUCCUUCUUAGUUUACGCUAUUGUCAUUGCAGACUCGGGUAGGGAGACUUAGAGGGGUGUUUUCUAUCUGGAAAGAACAACAUUACAUAACGAGUCAAGUCCAUACUUUUCAUAUAUUCAUGGAUCAACCAGAGAAUCUAAGCCGGAGCGAGCACAUUAUUGAUAUACCGAGGAAUGCUACUGAUGCUUCCUCCUCUACUCCAUCUCGCGGUAGAAUCUCGAAUGUAUUGGAGCCUCUGCAGCACGAGGAGAGAUCUUCAAGUGCUCCUCAAAUGCCCAUUUCCCAGCCACCGGCAGCUUCUGCUGCUACUCGAUCGAAUCCUAGUAAUGCCGGUCGGAGAAGAAGCCCGUUGAAUUCUGGUCUAUGGAUUUCCAUUGAACUAUUACUCACCUUUGGACAGAUAAUUGCAGCCAUUGUUGUCUCGUCUUUGUCAAGACAUGAGCAUCCUCGUGCCCCGUUGUUUGCUUGGAUUGUGGGUUAUGCUUCUGGAUGUGUCGCUACUCUCCCACUUCUGUUCUGGCGGUAUUAUCAUUCCAAUCGGGCCUCAGAUCUGGAUUCUGGUCAGCAUCGUCCUAAUCUUAAUGUUGCAGCAGGACCCUUUGCCUUUUCAAUUACUCGGACAUCUGAAAGGGAUGGUCGCCAGAGCAAUACCAUGUCUCCUAGUGGUAGAAAUGCUGGAUUUAUGGGUGCUACUAGAGUUAAAGUUUUCGUGGAAUACUUCAAAAUGGCAUUGGAUUGUUUCUUUGCGGUGUGGUUCGUGGUAGGUAAUGUAUGGAUAUUUGGAGGGCAUCCUUCUGCUUCCGAGGCUCCUAACUUGUACAGGUUAUGUUUGGUGUUUCUUACCUUCAGCUGUAUCGGCUAUGCUAUGCCCUUUAUCCUUUGCACAACAAUCUGCUGCUGCUUGCCUUGCAUAAUUUCAAUUCUCGGAUAUAGAGAGGAACUGGCGCAACCUCAGGGUGCCACACCUGAGUCGAUAAAUUCGUUACCAACUUUUAAGUUCAAGUUGAAGAAAAGGAGAAAUAGCGGUGACGAGAAUGGAUCAAGUACCAGUGAAGGUGGAGUGGUGGCUGCAGGAACAGAUAAAGAACGUGUGAUUUCAGGAGAAGAUGCAGUGUGUUGCAUUUGCUUAGCGAAGUAUGCAAACAACGAGGAGUUGAGAGAGCUUACGUGCUCUCAUUUCUUCCACAAGGACUGCGUGGACAAAUGGCUAAAGAUCAAUGCCUCCUGCCCUCUUUGCAAGGCUCAAGUCGGGGAGAAGAAUAACUCUGACUAUACAAGCCCGGGAAUCUCAAGAUUGCUCUCUCGGGAUGACCAUAAUCAACAACGAGACGAGCACAGGAUCAAUAAUGGGUUGGCCAACAACGUUGUUUAGAUCUUGAAUCUUGAUAAAUCACGAGCUGCAAACCUCGUGAAGCUUUACGAAUCGUAAAAAACGAGCAGGGUGGAGCGGGAGAGCGAAGAACGGAACGGGUAUUUGUCCUGCUUUUGGAAAUGUCCAUGUAUGUGAGGUGUUCUAUUAUUAGGAAGAGGCGUGAGGUUUUACGAUAGAAAGAAAGGGUGAAAGAAGCUCUUUCAGAGAACCGACGAAUGGGUCAUUUUUUUUCUUUUUGCUCUGUAAAUGUCGUCUUUUGUUGCGCAAUCAGUCCUUUAGGCAUGCAUCGUCAAACUCCACAAAUAUAUCUAUUUAACUAUGUUUCUAAGAUUUAAAAUACUUA